AUGGUAUGCCUAUUUACAUGCCAUGUCCCAUCCGCCCAUCCGCCCAUCAGCCCAGCCCAGCCCAGCCCAGCGGCUUCAAGACCGCCAGCCACCAUUGUCAGAAGCAAAGAACUAGGAGUGAACAGAGAGGCCGGGUUGGUCGUAAUGGGUGAUGAGGAGCAAGGCCCUAGCCCGGGUUGGGCUAGAGUCGAUGCAGGGUGA